AUGGACCUGCCUCCGCAGCUCUCUUUUGCCCUCUAUGCGGCCGCCUUUGCGCUGGGCUUCCCACUCAACGCCCUGGCCAUUGGGGGUGCUGUGUCCCACGCCCGGCUCCGCCUCACCCCUAGCCUUGUCUAUGCCCUCCAUCUGGGCUGCUCUGACCUCUUGCUGGCAGCCUCUCUGCCCCUGAAGGCAGUGGAGGCCCUGGCCUUGGGUGCCUGGCCUCUGCCGGCCCCACUCUGUCCUGCCUUUGCUCUUGCCCACUUUGCUCCACUCUAUGCUGGUGGGGGCUUCCUGGCUGCCCUGAGCGUCGGCCGCUACCUAGGGGCUGCUUUCCCCCUGGGCUACCAAGCUGCCCGGAGACCGUGCUACUCCUGGGGGGUGUGUGCGGCCAUAUGGGCCCUUGUCCUCUGUCACCUGGGGCUGGUGUUUGGGUUGGAGGCUCCGGGAGGCUGGAUGGACAAUACCACCAGCUCCCUGGGCAUCAACACACCAGUCAAUGGCUCUCCAGUCUGCUUGGAGGCCUGGGACCCAGCCUCAGCAGGCCCCGCUCGCCUCAGCCUCUCUCUCCUGCUCUUCUUCCUGCCCCUGAGCAUUACAGCCUUCUGUUACGUGGGUUGCCUUCGGGCACUGGUCCGCUCAGGCCUGAGCCACAGACGGAAGCUAAGGGCAGCCUGGGUGGCUGGCGGGGCGCUGCUCACACUGCUGCUCUGCUUAGGACCUUACAAUGCCUCCAAUGUGGCUGGCUUCCUGCGACCCAACAUGGGAGGCUGCUGGCGGAAACUGGGGCUCAUCACAGGGGCUUGGAGUGUGGUGCUCAACCCGCUGGUGACUGGCUACUUGGGAGGGGCUACCGGGAGGGUGACAAGUGUGGCAAGAACAAAAGGAGGGACAUCCCAGAAGUAG